AUGGCCAAGUCCAACAAUACGGUGAAGUAAAUCAGUUGGGUGGUAUUUUUGUGAAUGGUCGUCCACUACCAAACGCUGUCAGACUUCGAAUAGUUGAACUAUCCCAGGUGGGUAUCCGGCCGUGCGAUAUAUCCAGACAACUCCGGGUGUCUCACGGAUGUGUCUCAAAAAUCCUCGCUCGAUACCACGAAACAGGGUCAAUUCUUCCUGGCGCCAUCGGUGGAUCUAAACCCCGCGUUACAACCCCCAAGGUGGUAGCCUUUAUCAAGGAAUUAAAACAAAAAGAUCCAGGCAUUUUUGCCUGGGAAAUACGAGACAAGCUCCUAGCAGAAGCAGUUUGCGACAAAUACAACGUUCCGUCCGUGAGUUCCAUUAGCAGAAUUCUUAGGAACAAGAUUGGGACAUUGUCACAUCACUCUUAUCACCCCUAUUACAAAAGCGUCUACUCGUCAUACAAUUAUCCGAAUCAGAAAGUUCAAAGGUCGCAAACACAAAGGCCGAGUCCUGUUUCGUGGCCUAGCUCUCACAGUGUAACCGAUAUUUUGGCCGGAGUCCACGCGGCUGCAUUUAAGCCUCCACCAUCAUCGCCGUCGAUGGCUCUUCCUUCAGGACCUUCUCCUACAGGAUCCGACCACAGCGCUCAAAAUUAUAACUAUUACAUGUACCUUCAAUCGAGUAACACGGAAACGAUGUACAUGAUGAAUUCGGGAAUGAGUCACCCACCACUCCAUGCACCCGGAUCUCAUUUUUGAGUGAAAAUGCGUUCGGUGGAAUUCGGCAAGUUAUAGACUUUUUGACGUAACGCAUAAGUGCUUCUGUGAUACGCGCACAAUACAGUGACUUUAAUUAUAAAACUAUAGAAUCUUACUUUUAAUAAAAAAAACGUUGAUGGUAAGUGACUUAAGAGCAUCAAAGUGGGUUCACGUAACAUAAAUUAAGCCAAAAAACAGUGUAUCCCGCAGAAUGAAGCAAAAAUACUUAUAUUUUAACAUAUGUGUAAAUCCCUACGUUAACACCAAAUUUAUUAUUUAAUUGUUAAAGUAGUUAUCGCUACUGGUCACCCAAAACCCCCUGGAAUAAUUAGGAGUGCGGAGGUAAAUAGACACAUUUAAGCUUACCCAGUGGAAAUUUAUAAUUGACUUUAUCAAUAAAACGCAAUGUUAGUUUCAAUAAAAUUAUUUUAACAACAUUUAACUAUUGCUUCGCAUUACUAAGGCUUUAUGAGGAGUAUAAUAACAUUAAAAUGCGAAACGGAAAGGUCUCAGGAGAUCCGCGAGAUACGGUGGUUUUUGUCCUAAUAAAAGUAUACAAAAUUCUGGGAAAAGCAACCAUUCUGUAUUUAACUGUAACAAUAGCAUAUUUUUCAUGACCAAACCAGUAAUAAAAGGUCAAACCCUAACGGUUCAUUUUACGAAAGGGACAAGUAUCGCUAUUUUUGUGAAAGAAUGAUACCUAGAGAUGAUGAGAUUCGGACUUUCGAUCUUACGCAGCAUUCAAGUACUAGUAACGCAAAUUUUGAAGCCUUUUAACCCUCCCUCCCCCCUUGUAACGCGCCGUAACGUUUUUCUGUACCCCCUACCCCUCUCUAAACGUUACGUAACACUCAAGUGACCAUUUUUACCUAAAAGUCGCAAAAGUUAUGUUGCGCAAAUCAUGUAACAUGAUUUAUAUGUUCUGCAAACUUUUCUUUAUUUUUUAUUUUUUCAUUAGCCGUUUUCCAAAUUUCGUUGACAUUUUUUUUGACACAGUUGGCAAAUCUGCAUGAGAGCCUUUAUAGGCAAGAAUAGCUGAUGAUAUCUCCCUCUUUUAAAGACAUUACAGUAUGAACAGUACGAACUCACUUUAAUAACACCGAUUACAGCAAUGUGCUUCUGCAUAAACUCUAACGAAUGCUGACAACGAAAAAAACAUUAAAUGACGUACAAUACAAUCGAGGGAUUCCCCGUAAAACGUAAACGAAACGGGUUGCCAAUUUGGAAGUUUUAAUUCCCUAAUUCUUUAUUUAAAAAAAGAAACAAUGUUACGUAACGUGUUGUAAGAACGUCCCCCUCCCGCUCCUGUAAUGCAUCGUAACGUUUUACGAGGCCCCCUCCCCCAAAUUGCGUUACGUAAUACUUGAACGCCCUCUCACGUUGAUAUAAUAAAUUGGGCACAAUUAUUCCUAGUUCAUCCUAUUUUGUCGGUUGUUUUGUACGGUUAUUUAUUAUCAUUAUUAUAUGCGCGUAUUCCAAGCAGUGUGACUCAUUUAUUUAUUUUGACAUUUGCCGCAAUUUUUAAAUAUAGCUAUUGAAUGUCAUUAGUAACAGAUGCGUUUCAGUCAAAGCUUUUUAAAAAAGCACGUAAAGAUAUGGUAAAUCAGCAUAAAUCACCACAUUUCGUGUCGAACUAUUUUGCAUGACGAGAAAUGGAUAAUGGAAAUGGUUUAUUUGAUCGAUACAUUCAAUAAACCAACGUAAUCGGCAGGUUCUUAAAGUGAAUAACCACAACUAAGUUUAAAAAGAGAUAAUCUCUUCUCUAACGAUAAAAAACAAUUGUGUGGUUUUAUGAAACAACGAUGCAAGUGAAACUUUUUGAAUUGUAGGCAUUUAACUGUAA